ACCCCAGCUGGAGACACAGACCUUGGACCUCUUGACUUGCUACACAAAGCAGAAAAACCCCAACCUCAGCUUGGUGCACCCAGUUGGAUAAAUUAAUCCUUUCUGUAAACAGGCAGUUUCACUACAACAAUAAAAAUUCUUUGGGUCCGGGUGACUCAUGCACAAACAGCUCCCCAUUCCCAAGGUGGUUUGACCCAGAGGGAAGGUAGGAAGGAUGAACAUUUCAUGGCUUAAUAUUAAAACAUUCAGCCUUAUUUAUUUGGGAUUUUUAUUUUGGUAGCCAGAGGAGGAGAAAAAGUCUUCUGUAGGUCUGACAUUUGCACCGUCCUAGUCAGGAGCCACGAGGUGAGAGCUGUGUGGCCUUUUCUGAAUUAUGCCCCCAGUCAGAACACUUGCUCAGCUUUUCCCAGCAUGAAGCAUCUCCUGAGCUUCUGCUGUCACUGGUACUACCUCCAUCCACAUGGCAGGAUGGGUGGGGAGACAGGAACAGCUGUCCCUGAGCUUUGGUGCCUCCCAGGUUCUUCUGAGGUGUGUGUGAACCAUGUGCUGGACAAUAGGGCUGGGCAGAGUCUAAACACGAAAUAUUUCAGCUGAUGCUCACAUUGCUGAAUUAACUUGGCCUUGGCUAAAGAAAGGAAUCAUUCACUCACAGGAGAAUGACCCAGUUACAGGCUUGGGGCAGAGUUAUUUUGGUUUUUAGAUUAAAAGACAAAAAUCAAACUUUUAACUUGAGGGGAUUGAAGUAUUUGAAGAGUGGCCCUUGCAGUUCUGAUCCUGCAUCCCAGCCAGACACCAACCACUUCCCUUCCUGCUGCUUCCUGAUCCCUCGCAUUCCUCACUGACCUGCUCUGCAGGGUUUUAAUUGGUAUUAAUUUUUAUUACCAACUGAUUUCCACGGAAUUAUUUCUGGCUAUUGUUUAUCUUGUGCUGUGUAAAAUUAAAGUUACCAUGCCACACAAUAUCCCAGUGGAGCACAAGAGUCCAGCCUGGUUGCACCGGGCAGCAUCUGAAGUGGGAAACUCAGCUCCAUAUCAAAUGCUGAAGGAUAAUUUACUUUUCAGUGGGCAGUUGGAGUGUCUCAGAUCCAUGGGGCUGGGAGCUGAGCUGGUUCCAGAGGGCUCUUUGAAGUGGUGCUCACACCCCUCUCGGGCUGAAGGAGCCCUUUACCAGCUCGGGUUUCCAGGGACACUUGGAAAACCCUUAUAAAAUCAGCAAACAUCCAGGCUGCUCUUUCCAGAUCCACAGUUUUACCUACCAAAACACAGGCAUGUUUUCAGCUGUGCCCUUGGAAGUUCAUCCACUUCCAAUAACAGACCUGAGCUGACGCUGGGCUGAACUCACAACCUCCUGUCACAGCCACGUUGCAAUAUCCCUCUCAGGGGCUGGUGUUUGUCCUGAAACUUUUGGAGCUUCAAGUUGAGGGGUUAAAUGGUUUUUCUUCUCCAUGUUAGAUGAAUGAAGCUCCUUUAAAUUCUAUUUUAUAAUGGAGUUUUUGAACCUUUCUGUGAUGAGUUUAUCCCUUCCAUCAAGACACUUUGCUGAGUUCUGGGUGCAGAAUCCUUCACACUCGUUUGCUCAGUGAUCUGAAUCUCAACCAGAGGCGAUAACCAAAAUCCCAAAGCAUUUAAAAUACAUAUUUAUCCAAAACUUGUCACAGCAACAAUGCAUUGUUGUGUUUAUAUCUUAUUUUAACCUAUUAACGCUUAACGGGAUAUUUUGAGGCAGAUUGCUCGAGAUUGUACCAAAAUUUCCAUUGCAGCAGUUUCUAAUUUCCAUUCCUUCAUCAGGGCCAGGUUUCCAUCACAAUGACAAUAUGAAGAACCCCAGUUCAGUGAGCCUGCACUUGGUAGGCUCUGAGCCUUUAGCAGGCAGUUGCCUAAUUAUCACUGUGAAAUUUGGGUUAAUAUUUUAUGAAUUCACUCUCCUUUUUCCCCUCUGCAGCCAACUCAAGAUGACGACGGCCGUGCCACUGACUAAUAACACUCAGCUCUCAGUGAAUGUGACCACAAAGUCUCAAGAACAAAGUCUCUAUCAAAGUUCUGGAGCAAUAGUUGCUGCCAUCGUGGUGGGGGUGAUUAUUAUUUUUACAGUGGUUCUGCUCAUCCUGAAAACAUACAACAGGCGCAUGCGAGUGCGGCGGGAGCUGGAACCCAAAGCCUCCAAGCUGGCAGUGCCACCUCCCCUGGGGCACAACAGCCACAGCCUGGCCCAGCAGCCCACGGUGACCUUCAUCCCUGUGGACAUCCACAUGCACAGCAGGUAACCGGGAACGCUCGUCCUCCCUGCCAGAGAAGGGAUGGAAUUGUUACCCAUGGACCUGGGAUUCCUCAGCAGAGCUGCACUGGGAACAGCAACAAGCUGUUUUUCUCGCUGUAAAUUGAUAUAAAUCCUGGUUUCUCUCUUUGGGAGGAAAAACCAGAGGUCUGGACAUUUUUUCUAUGACUGAAAUAGAAGGUGGAGGUCUAGGAAUCAUCAGGGACGCAGCAAGGCCUCUUCUGAAGAAGAGAAGAUGCCCAGAUGCCCAGAUGUUGUGGAGCUUUUGCUUGCUCAGAGACUUUGAACUCUCUCUCUUCUGCUGAUAAACAGGAGGAAAAAUGUGGACUCAGGUUGGACCUGAGUUUGUUAGGAGUUACAUGGAAGAGGUUUGUGGUUUAUUUUAUACGUUAUGGGUAGCACAGGAGGUAUCAAAAUUGUAUUUAUCGUUACUCAUAUUUCAUAUUUAUAAUGCCACAUAUGUAUGGGUUGAGGAAAAAAAAAUUACCUUUAUAUUCAUGUAUUUUUAAACUAUUUCUAUAAACUCUGUAACUCCCCAUUUCCAAAGGAUCUCGGUGUCUGAGAGGUUUCACUCUCAAGAAUUCAGGUUCAUGGCUGGAGCUGUGUUAGAAUGCUUUGUCUUACACAAAAUCUGGGUUCUUUAACUGAAAAAAAAUAAGCAUGGAAUUAGAAAAAAUCAGCUUGGAUAGAGCAAGGGAGGCUUCGUGCAGCCCCACUGUGCCACUCACCUUGCAAGGCUUUGUUCUCUGGUGCAGCCCAACUAUUUUUAGCAAUUUUUUAUACUCAAAACCAAGCCAAAGCGAGGUUGUGUUGCCAGUGUGAGGGCUGUGGGUGUGCAGCAGUGGCACAAAGGAAUUCCCAGGGACGCUCACAGCCCACGGAGUGGGAACACAGAGCAGCAUUGUCAGACACUGAGGCAGAUUGUCUGAGAUUUUAUAUUUCGUAUUUUUUCCAAUAAGCUUGGAUCUCUUGAACAGAUCAGUUCUGUACCUGUUUGGUUUUCUUUAAUGUGCAGAAACUAAAUUCAAUUACUUUGCAAUAUUUUUUUUUUUGGUCUGAAACUGGAGCACGGUUUGGAUUCCAAACCAAAUAUUGAGACAGCUGUUUGUGAAGUUUCUGAAUCUCCUUGUAAAUAUUUCUCUUGUCCUGGUUCUCUAACUUAUUUUUUGUGGCAGGGAGGAUUGAUUUAAUAAUUCAGAAGGGACAGCAGAUGCACAUCUAAUUUUUCCCCAAAAAAUAUAAAGGAGUUGAUUUUC